AUCUGUUUAAUUGCAGUUACAUAAGUCUUGACUGCUGAAGUAAUUACAUAACAGUGAGAAGGACAGUGAAUACAAGAAGGCAUACAUGCAGGUCAUUUGAUGACUUUACACAGAGAAUACAUUCAACGAUAAUCUCAAGUGGUCCAACUUUCAAAUCUUGUUGGCCUGGUUAAUCCUCUUAUAAUAUGGAAGCUCACAGCACAGGAAAAAAUGUACACACUGCUGGAAAGCAUGGAAAAGUGUUGAGUUGUGCAUGAUAUAUCAAAGUCUUUCUGUUGGAAAACAUGUUAAACAAUUCUGAUCAUUUGCCCAAAACUCUUAACGAUGUGCCACAUGAACUUUUUCAUAAACACUAAAAUUUCUGUAAAACAACCCUGCAUUGAUAGUAAAUAUAAACUCCACUGGGGUUGAUAAAAGUUCUAGUCAAAGCUUGUAUGUGAUGUAUGUUCCUGAAUGGUUUUCUUAAUCUUCUCGCUAGUGUUUGUUCGUUGACCUGCUGAAAAAAAUAAAAAAGCUGCUAGUCUGAUUGAGAGCAAAGCCCCUUUAGUUGAACUCCAGUAUAAAAGGCAGAACUUUGUCUUAAAUCUAAGACUUGCAGCAGCAGCAGCAGCAGCAGCCUUCAGCACCACAGACAUGUUGAACGUCAGUGAGCAGCCUCUGUACUUCCUGCCCUCCAGGACCUCAGACCGUCUCCUGCAGCCAUUCUGGGACUAUUUGCUUCUUCACCACCUGCCUCUCAUCUCAUCUCCUUUUUUCCCGGUCCUCCUUGCUUUUUCCAGCUAUUUCUUCUUCAGUAUACCUUUUGCCAUCCUGGACGUCUUGGGAGAACGGGUGCCUUUAUUCCACCAGUACAAGAUCCAGACAGGAAGGAAGCCAACUCUGGGAAUGAUGGCUAGGAGCUUCUCCACGGCAAUGUACAACCACAUCUUCUUUGUUCUACCAGCUGUGAUAAUCAGCAUGUUCUUCCUGACUCCACCAGCACUUCCACCACAGGCUCCAACACUGUAUGAGCUCUUUGUUGAUGGACUGGCGGUGCUCCUGCUGUUUGACACUCAGUAUUAUAUUUGGCAUUUCACGCAUCAUAAGCAUCCACAGCUGUACCGCUGGAUUCAUGCCAUCCACCAUGAAUACAUCGCACCUUUCUCAUGGUCGACCGAGCACCUCAGCAUCCCAGAACUGAUGACAGUGGGACUCUGGAGCAAUCAGGACCCAAUUCUUUUGAGAUGCCACCCACUGACCACGUGGUCCGUCACAGUUUUUAGUCUGUGGAUGUCUGUAGAAGACCACAUAGGCUAUGACCUGCCGUGGGCCCUGAACCACCUGGUGCCUUUUGGUCUGCUGGGUGGUGCACCAGCUCACGACAUGCACCACCAGAAGCCAAACAGUAACUUUGCUCCUUUCUUCAGCCACUGGGACAGAAUCUUUGGCACUGCUAUGCCUUUGAGGAAAAAAAUGAAAAAAAGAUAAUCACAAGUGAAUGUAAUUCUAUAAUCGCUCCUGUUUCCUUUGACUUUGUGAGUCUGACAAAAUGUUCUUUGCACUGUCACUUUCUUUUCCCAUUUGUUAAAUCUCCUAUUUUUCUACUUUGAAUUACAGUUGCCUCACUGUGUAGCACUUUCUGCCUCCUUCCUGGUGUCUUUUCUUUGGCAGCUGUCUCAGCAUAUUAUCAGUGUUAGUUAUAAUGUGUAUAUUUUCAAUAAAAGUCAUGUUUACAAAGAA